UUACCUCCGUCCACUCACUCUGACUCGCUCCAUUCAACUCACCACCACAACCUCCUCCUCCCCCUCCUCCGUCUCCAAAUGCUUCUUCUCUCUGCAACCACCCACCAGCACCCGUCAAUUUCCGCUUCUACCCUCCUCUUUCCCCCCAUUUCCCACAAACUCCCCGCCUCCCUCAAACCCAACGCCACCUCCACUCCCCGACCCCAUGACCUCCUCACCAUCAACGCCUUUUCCCCCUCCUCCCUCCAAAACCCUAACCCUAGCUCCCCGCAGACCAUCCGCCACGUCACUCACUCCGCCUCCGAUGGCGACCCCGACUCCAAUUCCAUGGUCCCCUCCGCCUCCGCCGUCGCCUCCGCCAUCCGCAGAGCCUCCACUUCCCCCGUCGACUUCAUGCAGAGGAUCGAGAAGGACCAGAAGAGCGGCAUCGUGCUUCCCAGCCCCGACUUUCAAAGACUCUGCAUUCAGCAGUUGGACCUCUUUCGCCGAAUCGUCGACCCCGGUGCUCUCCUCUCGGUGUAUGUAAGACCAGCUGGUAGUUAUGUGAUGGACCGAUUAGAGCUUCGUAGGGUAACUUGCCAUCCAGGAGUGAAGGCAUCAGACAUUGUGAUAUUAGUCGGAAGUUUUAGUGUUGCUGCCGGUUUUCGCGCCACGGAGGCCGUGCUCUCCAAUCACAAAGUGGAAGUUGUAGCUGAGUGUAAAGCUGUGGUUUUUCCGAUGGUGAAGCACCCUUUUGUGGUAGGCUUCUUGGUUGCUGAACUUCCCGGGAUGGAAAUGCCUCCGCCACCCGGGAGUGUUCAGGGUGAGGAUCGUGAUUUGGUUUGCCGCCCGACUCCUGAGGAAGCCUAUGCUUUGCCUCCAAGCUCCAAUGUCAAAUCUUGGGGUACUCCUCUCAGUCUGGAUGAUCACGUGGAACCAUCAUUAAGAGUAUACAAGUUUAGUGCUGAGCAGAUAUCAAAUGCUAUCAACAUUUCUCGGUCUAUAGCUUUGGCGUAUGUUAUGGAUCAGAAGGCAAUGCUACUCCAGCAGUCAUCAUGGCAGAAUAAUGUCAGGAUGGGUAGUCUGGUUGAACAAAUUCGUGGUCCUCUUUCUAGCCUUCGAACCUUAAGUAAAAUGUUAUCCAUGCAUAUGAAGAGGAGUGAGAUUUCUUAUGACAUUGUUGAAAAUAUACGGGUGCAAGGCGAUCAUAUGAAAGAUACCCUUCAGCAACUCCAGGAUGCUGUCUACUUGACCAAGGCUAAUAUCAUGCGCUCUGGUGAACAUGAUUCAACAUAUUCCUAUCCUGACUCAGUGAGGUCUCGGUUACUGAAUAACCUUCCAAGGGAUAGUUCCAGCAUUAAGAUGCAAGUGCCAAGCGAACAACAUUCUCUAAAUGCCGCAACCAAAGAUAUGGAGAUGCCCAUGCCACCCCUAGCCCUUGCUCCUUUACAGCAAAAUGGGAUUAGACCAUGCAAUGUUUCUGAUAUACUCGUAGAUUUGGUUGAAGCUGUAAGACCUCUGGCUAAAAACCAGCAGCGCGUGGUAGAACUGAAUGAACUUGAAAACUCUUUGCAAGUUGCUGUAGAAGAACCUGCUUUGCGACAGGCUCUGAGCAAUUUAAUCGAGAGUGCAUUACUGCGUACGCACAGUGGGGGAAAGGUAGAAAUUGUGUCUACUGGAGCACCAGCAGGUGGUGCUCUUGUAGUAAUUGAUGACGAUGGGCCUGAUAUGCACUAUAUGACACAAAUGCAUUCUCUCACUCCUUUUGGAGCCGAUCUCUUCUCAGAAAAUAUGGUUGAAGACAACAUGACCUGGAACUUUGUGGCCGGGCUGACAGUUGCUCGUGAGAUCCUCGAAAGUUAUGGCUGUGUUGUCCGUGUCAUAUCACCCCGAAUCACAGAUGCUGAACUUGGAGCAGGUGGAACUCGAGUAGAACUGUGGCUGCCUUCUCUCAUGGAAAUAUCCGAUAUUGAUGGCCCUGCUCAGGGGGCGUAGAAAGAAUUGAAGCUUUCAUCGGUAAGAUUGUUCAAAGACCAGAGAAUUAAUCCUGCCUCUAUCUGAUGAUUUGCGAGAAUGAGGUGGUAGAAUUUGGAAAUUUUUUUCCUUGAUGAUGCGUCUAAACCUAAUACUUGCAAUUUGGUGGAAGUUCUGUAUAGUUUCUCCCCCGUUCCACACCAUGCAUACUCUUGUACAUAAAUAAGGACAAAUAGGGCGCUAUCGGAAUCCGCAUGCGUAUAUGCACCAUGUGUAGUUUCCUGUUUGAAGAUUCUUCACUCGUAUGUAAAAGUUGUCUGUAAAGCUUACAAACUUAAAAGAGUAUAAAACACCUAGCAAACUUGAUUUCUUGA